AUGCAGACUCUACAAGUUCUGUCUCUGUCUCUGCUGUCUGUGCUGGCAGUCAGCACUCAGUCCAUCAGCUCAGGAGCAUGCCCACAACCUCCUGUUCAACAAAACUUUGAUCCUACUAGGUAUGUGGGCAGAUGGUACGAGAUCAUGAAAGUUCCAGCCCCAUUCCAGUUAGGAGAGUGCUGUCAGGCUACUUACACUCUGAGCGACGGUAUUGUGCUGGUUCGAAAUGAUGAGCUUCUUGCUAAUGGCACUAUCAACUUCAUUGAGGGAACUGCCAAGAUUGUAGAUGAAUCAGAGCCUGCCAAACUGGAGGUCAGCUUUUUUGAAAAUGCUCCUGAUGCCCCCUACUGGGUGCUGGCUACCGAUUAUGACAACUAUACCCUGGUUUAUUCUUGCUCUGAUAUCCUUGGUCUCGUCCAUGCUGAAUUUGCCUGGAUCAUGAGCAGGACUCGUACACUUCCCAAGGAAACUGUCUCUGAGCUGCUAGACAUUCUCAGAUCCAAUGACGUCAAUGCUGACAAGCUCACUGAGACUGAUCAGAGACCAGAGCUGUGCAGCAGCAUGCCAUAA